CAGAGACGGCCUCACAGCGCCGUCCCCACCCGAUACCUUCCCUCCCCCCCAGCGCUCUGUCGCUUCGCCUUUACCGUCCUCCUCCUCCUCCUCCUCCUCCUCCUCCUGCCACCGUCGUUCCGCUCUCGAACUUGGAAGAGCAAACCCCGAAGGCCCAGCGGGGAAAUAAGACUUUGAUUGCUGAUUGCUUUGCGAUGGCUUCCAAAAGAAUCAACAAGGAGCUGAAGGACCUGCAGAAGGACCCUCCUAUCUCAUGCAGUGCCGGUCCUGUUUCAGAUGAUAUGUUCCACUGGCAAGCAACGAUUAUGGGUCCAGCUGAGAGCCCAUUUGCUGGGGGCGUGUUUCUUGUAUCGAUCCACUUCCCCCCUGAUUACCCAUUCAAGCCACCCAAGGUUUCCUUCAGGACAAAAGUCUUCCAUCCCAAUAUCAACAGCAAUGGUAGCAUUUGCCUCGACAUUCUCAAGGAGCAAUGGAGCCCUGCACUCACUAUAUCCAAGGUUCUUCUCUCGAUAUGCUCAUUGCUGACCGACCCAAAUCCCGACGAUCCUUUAGUGCCAGAGAUCGCUCACAUGUACAAGCAUGACAGAGCCAAGUACGAGAGCACCGCUCGGUCCUGGACCCAGAAAUAUGCGAUGGGAUAAGGCCCUUUUACUGUUAUAAGAGUCUCACUUGGAUAUUUGGAUAAGUAAAAUAGAGGAAACCGAUUGGCCUAUCAUAGACUUGUUUGGUCUGUCUUUGUUUCGUCACCUUAUGUUUAAUAGGUAGAUGUCCAAUGGCUAUCACUUUAUAUAUAGAUUUAUCUAUCUAUAUCUAUGUCUAUAUAUCCUACUAGUAUGGGUUUGAUUCUACUGCCAGUAUGUCAAUAAAAUAUGAUUAAGUUGUCUAGCA